CAGGCAGUAGGAGAGUUGCUGGCAGAGGGGACAGACUGUCAUGCUCUCCAUUUCUGACUCUGACUCCAGUCUCUGACCUGUAUAACUUCUUCUCAUAUUCCAUCUAAGGAUUCAGGUAAAACUGAUAGAAAACACAUCAAUGUCUGCAGCCCAGUGACAUUCCUACUCUCCUGGAAAAGAAAUUAGACAGAUUCUGAAUUAAUGAAUGGAAACUAAAUCAUCAACUCUGUAUUGAGAUGAACGUCAAGCUCUGUGAAUGCUGAUGUCUUCAUUGUGAGCUGAGUAUCGGUGGUUUAUUGCUGGUGGCUGUUUCAGAGAUGAGGACUGAAAGAUUGUGGGAAAUUCUGGUUGCGUUCCUAAUUCUCUUACAGCUAUGGAGACAGGUAUCUGCAAUGGAAAUCCCACCUGAUGUGAGACAGCCUCCAAUGAUAAUUAAGCAGAGCGUUCAAGAUCAUAUAGUGGAGCCAACAGACCCCAUUGUUGUGGAGUGUGAGGCCACAGGAAACCCUCCUCCAGUCUUCAUUUGGACACGCAAUGGAGUCUACCUGAAUGUUGCCCGUGACCCUCAGGUCACCAUGAAGAGGCGCUCUGGCACACUGGAGAUAUUUUUUUGGGGCCGUCCAGAAGAUUAUGAGGGCAUAUACCAAUGUACAGCCACUAAUGAGUUUGGAUCAGCUCUAUCCAGUCACAUUCAUUUGCGUGUUUCCAAGGCUCGUACAUGGCUGAAGGAAUAUUUGGAGCCAGUGUCUGUGUUUGUGGGACUUCCUCUGAUUCUAGCCUGUAAUCCUCCAGUGGGUCCACCCAAACCUCAGACUUACUGGAUGAACAGCUCUAUGGUACCAAUUCGCCAGGAUCGUAGAGUAUCGAUGUCAGAGAACGGAGACUUGUACUUCUCCAGUGUCAUAGCUGAUGAUGCGCUAACAAACUAUGUAUGCACAGCUCGCUUCCCCAACUCCAACAUCAUCCAGCAAAAACCUCCCUUAAUUCUUCAGGUGCACACAGCCCGUAUGGCAGCUCAGAUUGCUCCCAAGUUUUUGAAGCCCAGAGGAACAGCCAGCACUCAGAUCGCAAUGCUAGGGGAGGAGCUUAUCUUGGAGUGUUUUGCUUCUGGAGUUCCAGCUCCCACCAUCAAAUGGACUAAAGACUGGGAAAGCUUGUCCAAGGAAGGCAAGAAGCUGGAAAACUUCAAUAAAACUCUACGCAUUAAAAAAAUCUCAAUGGAUGAUAGAGGCGACUACAUCUGUACUGCCGCCAACAGGAUGGGCAGUGUGGACCACAUAAUCACAGUUAAAGUUAAAUCAACCCCAUUUUGGGUCGAGAAACCACAGAGUCUUAUUCUCUCUCGAGAUGAUAGUGGGCAGAUCGUCUGUCAGGCCGAUGGUAUUCCCAGACCUCAGAUACAGUGGCUAGUUAACGGAGAACCUAUUGAGGAUGCUCCUAUGAGUCCUGGCAGACAAGUAUCAGGCGAUACCCUGAUAUUUCGUGGUGUGGUGCCUGAUAGUACAGCUGUGUUCCAGUGCAAUGCUUCCAAUCAAUAUGGCUACAUCCUGGCCAAUGCAUUCCUUGCUGUAAUGGACAUGAAGCCACGAUUACUGGGCAUUAGAGGUGACUUGGUUAAAGUAGUUGAAGGGACUCAGACACUUCUGCACUGCCCAUAUUUUGGAUCACCAAAACCUGUCCUGCGCUGGUCUAAAGCUGGAAUGGUUUUAUAUGAGGGAAGUCGAUAUAGCAUUCUUUCCAAUGGGACACUGGAAAUAAAGAGUACCAAACUCCAGGACCAGGGGACAUAUCACUGCAUUGCUAGCAAUGUCAUUGGACAAGAUGAGAUGGAGACAGAUCUAGAGGUCAAAGAACCCACUACAAUCAUCCGUGCCCCACAUAAUGUUAUUGUGGUUAAAGGGGGCUUAGUACAAUUUGACUGUAAGUUCCAGUCAGAUCCAACCUUGGAGGUAAAGGUCACCUGGCUCAAAGACAACAAAUUUCUGAUCUUUGGAAGAAGAAUGACCAAGGAUGAGGACUCUAUGAGUAUUGCUGACGUGUAUAGGAGAGAUGAGGGGACUUAUACCUGCAGAGUUAAGACUGAAAUCGAAGAAAUCAGUGCAUCAGCCAAACUCACUGUGAUGGAUCGUCCAGACCCACCUACUGAUUUGGAGGUGUCAGAUCCAUCAGAACGAAGUGUUAGACUCACAUGGGUGCCAGGACUGAGCAACCACAGCCCUAUCAAAGAGUAUCUGGUGCAGUACACAGAAGAUCUGCUAGCUGAUUAUUGGCUGGUGGCAAGCGGCUGGAAGAACCUGACCAGUUAUCCUGGCCAGCUGAACUCUGUCAUGUUGAAGCUGAGCCCCUUUGUUGAAUACCAGUUCCGGGUUGUGGCUAUCAAUGCGAUUGGCCCCAGCAAACCCAGCAAACCAUCUGAAUAUUACGAGACUGGUGGAGCUGUACCAGAUGCCAUCCCAAGAAACAUCAAAGGAAUGGGAACUGGAGUGUUCAGAAAUAACAUGGAGAUCAGCUGGGAGCCGUUGGAGUAUAGAGAGUGGAACGGUCCCAAGCUUGGAUACAUGGUGUGGUGGAGAAGACGAGACUCCAGAGAGGAGUGGAAAAAUUACACCACAUACUGGUGGUGCAGUCACAUCAUCUAUGAUACGGACACAUUCACACCCUAUGAAAUUAAAGUCCAAGCCGUCAAUUACUUUGGCCUCGGACCAGAAUCUCCUGUGAUCAUAGGUUACUCAGGAGAGGAUCGUCCCACUGCUGCUCCAACUGAUUUGCAUGUCACAGAUGUCGAGAGCACGACGCUGACAGUCCACUGGCAGCCUGUGCCCCAAGACAGCAUCAUGGGGGAGAUUAAAGAGUACACGGUGUAUUACUGGAGAGAAAGCAGCCGUCUGCCUCAUCACAGUGUCACCACAAGGAUCAAAUCCAAGAGCUUUAAAGCAAAUGGGGCUCGGCUUUCUGGCACCCUAACUGGCCUCAUCCCCUACAGUAACUACAAGAUGUACAUAGUAGUGGCCAACAACCGCUAUGAGGGUCCACCAAGCAACAGGAUUGAGUUCCAAACUCUUGAGGGAGUGCCAUCAGUACCCAGGUCAUUCAGGAUAAUGCAUAGGCAUUAUGACACCAUCUACCUGGACUGGGAGGAACCUGCAGAACCUAAUGGCAUCCUAACUGGAUACAUCCUCAAAUACCAGACAUUGAACGUGUCAGCUGUUGAGAGGAUGGUGGUCGAAGAAAUCCCUCCCAACACCACGCAAUUUUCGCUGCGCCGCUUUGACCGCUACACUCGUUACAAGUUCAGUCUGGCUGCUCAGACAGAGUUGGGAGCGGGAGAGGCAUUCACAGAGGAGUCACCCCAUUUCACAACAGAGGAAUAUACCCGGGAACAAGUGGACAUAGUAACACAGGGAUGGUUCAUCGGGUUGAUGUGUGCCAUUGCACUUUUGGUCCUCAUCAUGCUCACAGUCUUCUUCAUUAAAAAAACACGUGGAGGAAAAUACCCAGUGAGAGACAAGCAGAAUUUUGCACUUGACUCAGUGGAUGAGAAGGAAGAGGGGUCUUUUGAAUACAGGUCUCUUGAAAGGAUAACACGUGCACCCACUCUACCCUACUCCAGGCGAGAGGAGGAAAGUCGUCAGGGUCGGAUUCAGGGACACAUGAAAAAGAUGACAAACAGUGAUGACAGCCUGAUGGAAUAUACCGAAGGUGAUGAGAUCGAGUUCAAUGAAGAUGGAUCUUUCAUUGGUGAAUAUACCGGCACCAGUAAGAGAGACAGAAACUCUUUUGCAUAAAUCACCAACCAUGGUGAAAGUGUGUAAAAAACAUGGUGCAGACUGAUACCUGAGAAACCUUUAAACACUGCUGAGUAUGGAUGGAUGACCACAAUGGCCAAACAGAACUCAUGUGCCAAUGGCCACAUCAUGCGGCAGCCUGAAUUACAGCAGAGGCAUUACACCAUUAGUCAGAAGUAUGGAUGUAAGCUGUGGGUUUUUAACAAUGAUGAGUCAACAAUGAUGUGUGUAUUUAUUAAAGAGAUAUUUAUUUGAUUUGCUGUUUACACUCCACACUUAAUAUAACAUAUAAUAAGGAAAAAGAUUUUGUUUAAAACUUUUCAUUGAUAAUUUGAAGACAGCUAAUUUACCAAGUUCAGUUUCCUCUUAAAGGUGUAUAUGGCUGUUCUACAAUACAUCUCUACAUUUAAAUCUAAAAUGAAAAAAACAAUAUAGAAAUAGCACUUUUUUUUUUAUUAUUUUAUUGUGCCAUUUGAUUUUUUUUUGCAAUUGAUAUUAUAUUGUUAUUAAUCAAUACAAAUCAUUGAUAAUUAAGUGAGUGAGAAUGAUGUCAGAGAUUAUUGAAUAAUUGAAAAUAUAGUACAUACACAGAAAAAGGCAAAAUUACUUUUACAUCAUUCACAUAUCUCUUUUAGGAUCAGCUGCUAUCUUUGCAGAACUAAAUUCUGCCCUCUAAACGAAUCUUUAAACAGUGUUUACUUCCUCUUCCUGUGUCCUGUAUUAAUGGUGUUUCUAAUUAGAACCCAUUUUGGUAGCUGUGGACACUCAAUCUAAAGGAGGAACCCCCUUUUUGAGUUUUUGUUUCGGAAGAACUGUCAUUUUGGUAAUUGUCAGUUUUGUUCUUCUUCUUGUACAUCAAUCAGGUUUGUGAAUGAAAAGAAGCCAGUGACAGCAUGGAAGAUAUACAUGUGUCGUUUGUAUUGUUGAUCAAAUAAAAUCAGUCAACCUCUAGAUCAUGAUUUGGAUUUUGAUAUUAAUAAUUUAUCUGAUCAGUAUAUGACAAUGUAUUUUUAUUUUUAAUAUAAUACUUGCUGGCAUGUUAACUUGAAGUGAGAGACAUCCACAAAGUGAAGUUACUUGUGUAGUUUGCAAAAAAAAAAAAAAUAACUGAAGUGCUAGUGACAUUAUUAUUACUAAUCACUGUCGGUAUUUGGAGACACAGCUACGUAAUGCAGACCCCAGAUAAUAUAACAGUUUUCCUUUAUUUAGUUUGUCAUGUACAGAAUUUGCUUUUUAUGUUUUCAUCUUUGGACAUAUAAUUUGAACUGAAUGGAGUUUUGUUCUGUCUCUACCUCUAAUUACUAGAAAUACUUUAUCAGUGCUCAUAAUACCCAUAUGCCAAGCCAUUCAAUAACUUUUAAUAAAAGCAAACGAUAUAUGUUCAGUUGUGUCCUGUAAACAUACUCUCAUAAAACACCCUAUACGGCGAAUGUAAUUCAG